AUGACUGACGCUAAGGCAAACGAUUCCUUCGACCAUGACGCAAACAAUGCAGAAGAAUCGUCGGGACGACCAGUCCGUAGGAGCAGGUUGCUCUCCGAUGAUGCUAGACUUGCGUUGCAACUGCAGGAGCAAGAGCUCAGAGCUGCAAGAGGAGGCUUUCAGACGUCAAGGAAGAGAUCGAAGCCAUCUAGUAGUCCACGGAAGAGUUCUUCAGGCUCAACUCAGAAGGCAAAGACCUCACAGCCCGAGCCGCAGACCACUGCAAAGAGUCGGCAAAAGGUGAGCACAGCGUCAGGAGGAAAGAAAGCAGCGAAACCAGCAACCAAGUCAGCAUCGAAUAAGACACAGCCCAGCAAAGCAAGGUCGUCUUCGAAGAAGUCGAAGACUGCUUCCAGCCAUCAGGAUGACGGCUUCGUCCAAUUUGGUCUGGAGCCUUGGCCAGGAUCUGAUGAAGCAGUGCCAGCAGUCAAGAGCAAAUCUCUGAGGCUAGAAGAAGACUCCACAGUCAUGAGCAUCAAACGGCUAAUCAUUGACGAGGCUUACCCGGGAGAGAACCUUUCGAAGAUUGAGGUCCGAACCAAGGCUGGAAUGUUGCUGGGGCAGGACCACUCGCUGAGAUACGUCCGACAGUUCCUCUGGCCGGAAUCCAGGGGAGACCUCGUACUUUAUUACUCGAAGGGGAAAGACUCUCUCUUCUGA